CCCGUUCAUCCCAAUAAAGUCUCUGCGGCUCCAGACAGCUCUGGGUCAUCCUUUGCGCGGCUCGGCAGCGAUCGGGCUCUGCUCGGCUUCUCUCGGGCUCGGCUCGGCUGCGCGCAUGCGCAGUGUGUGGCGCCGCCGCCAUGAACCCCCUGACCAAGGUGAAGCUGAUCAACGAGCUAAACGCGCGGGAGGCGGAGCUGGGCGUGCAGGAGGCGGUCUCGUGGCACGCGGAGUACAAGGACAGCGCCUGGAUCUUCAUCGGUACGGCCGGGGAGGGCCGGGGCUCGGGGGUCCGGGCCAGGGCCUAUGCAGUGCCCGUGUCCCGUUCCUCCCUGCCUCUCUCCCCGCAGGCGGGCUGCACUACGAGCUGACAGAGGGCGAUGUCAUCUGCGUGUUCUCGCAGUACGGGGAGGUCGUCAACAUCAAUCUGGUGAGGGACAAGAAAACGGGAAAGUCCAAAGGCUUCUGCUUUCUGUGCUAUGAGGACCAGAGGAGCACCAUCCUUGCUGUUGAUAACUUCAAUGGGAUCAAGAUCAAAGGAAGGACAAUUCGAGUGGAUCAUGUGGCCAACUAUCGGCCUCCCCAGGACUCUGAUGACUUGGAUGAUGUUACAAAAACCCUCCAUGCAAAGGGUUGUGGAGUUAAAACACCACCUCAUACAUCAUCUGAUUCCCUGUCGGAAGAUGAUGAUAAGCCUGUAAAAAAGCCAAAAGAGAAGAGCAGAGAGGAGCAGCCGCAGGCAAGCUCCCAGCCUGGGAAGAGAGCGGUGUCUGUGGAGGAGGCACAUCCCAGGAUCAAGAUUAAGAAGGAGAAGGAGGACCCGGCCUACGAGCGCUAUGCCAGUGGGAGCCAGCAGCCCGGGAGGGGCUCUGAGAGGAAGCCUGCAAGCAGGACACAGCGGGAAGAGGAGGAGUGGAGGCAUCAGAGGCUUGGGGACAGGAGAGGGGAGAGGAGCUGCCAGGAGCAGCGGGGCCAAGGCAGGUUGUGGGAAGGCAGGCGGGAAGAGGCCGGCAGGAGGGGUGAGUGUCCCGAGGGUGUCCGGGCCCGGGAGCACAGCCCCCGGGAGCUUUGGCAUCGGGAGCGUGGCUCCACCAGGGGCUCCAGCCGCUGCUGACACACCAGAAUCUGCUUGGAGCCUCCACAGGGACAUCCAGCUGCUUCCACUUAGGUCCCUGUUCCAUCCUGGGCCAGGGCUCUCAUCAACACUGUGGUGUGGACCAGGACAUUCCUUAGUUGCUGUCUUUGGCCAUUCCUGCAGCCAUGGACUCUCAUCAGGAUGCUGCACUGCAUUGUGGAAGUGAUCACUGAGAGCAGCAGGAUCCUUCCGUUCCCAAAAUAUCUAGGUCCUUAGGGGUGUCCCCCUUGUGCACUGUUGGGAGAGACUGGGUGGUAUGUUGUUGGCCUCAUAUGCUGGGACUGGGUCCAGCAUUGCCCACCACCAUGCCUGGGUCCUGUGCUGCAUCCCCAAGGCUGCACUGCUGCAGUGGGGCUGUUUACUGUUGGUUUGCAUUUUGGUUUAAAUAAUUUUUAUUAAAAUGUUACCUGUUAACUCA